UAUCAACACCUUAUUCAGGGCGUAUUUUCAUCCAGCUCGUCUGGUGGUGUCGCGCCGGUAAAAGAGACUCUCUCCAUGCGCAGGGUGUGUGCCAGUUAGGUGCAGUUCCUGUGCAGAAUGUCCGAACCACAAGAUAAAGUUGACGUAGGUAGCUUGAAAGACACAUUCCUGGAGUGUCCAGUGUGUGGGGAACAUUUCAACCAGACAGACCGUCGUCCUCGUCUCCUCCACUCCUGCUUCCAUGCCUUCUGUACACAGUGUCUACAGCAGCUUCUAAAAAAGGAGGGAAGAGGCAAAAUCACAUGUCCUCUUUGUCGUACGGUUGAAAAAGUAACCGGAAAUGCUGAAACACUAGAAGUGGAUAGUCUCAGAGACAAACUGGUGGAGUUCCUGCAAAUCAAGCACGAUAAGAAGGUCCUCUGCAGUGAGUGUCUAGAGAAGACAGCGGCAGUGUCACGAUGUGAAGAGUGUCAGAGCUAUCUGUGUAAGGAAUGUGACUUUGUUCACAGACGUCACCGGGUUAGCAGAGACCACUCGAUACUUUCUUUAAAUGAUGUUUUGAAACAACCAAUACAAAGUUUUGGAAAACGUCAUUUUUGCCCCAACCAUCCCAAACAUCAUCUCGAGUUCUACUGUGCAACAGAGGAGAAACUAUGUUGUGUUUUCUGUAUAGUGUUAGACCACAGGGAUCAUGAGCUACAAAAACUAGAGGAAGCUGCCGCAACAAGGAAAGAAGAAUUAGACACAAAGAUUAAGCAGGUUCAUGCUCAUGUAAAUCGUCUGAGAGAGGAAAGGAAAGAUGGAACUCAAGAGCUAAAAUGUAUUGAAGAAGCUAAGGCAAGGUCUAUUUUGGAUAUCAACAGAAUAUUUGAUGACCUGAAACAGAGUUUGGACAAACGUAAACAUGAACUGAUUGAAAAUGUACAGCGAAACAGUAGCAGUCUGUCUUCGGUUAUCAACAAGACGAUGGCAUCUCAUGAACAAACUCUGGCUAUGAUUGAGUCUACAGACACAUAUUUUGCACAAGCUAAGCAGGAAGCUGAUGCUGUGGAGAUGUUGGAAAUAUAUCCAUCAAUCAAGAGAAGCAUUGAUAGUUUAUCAGUUCAAUGUCAGAGUUCCAAAACAAGAGGCAAUGAAGAUGUAUACAACCUACAGUUCAAGCCAACGAAGUAUGAAAAUGUACUGUGUUUGAUAAGAGAAUUUGGAACAUUUACUAAACUGCCCCAAAAAAUCUUCACAGAAGAUCAAGCACCAACGCAUCUGGACAGCCAAACGGCGUUGCCUGAGAUUCCGAAGGUUGAAAGAAUGAUGUUACCGUGUGGCCAAGGAAAAGAAGCUUCUCGUAGUAAGAGGGGGUUUGCAACUGACAUAAAACAACAUGGAGAUAUAUCAUUUGUGAUGGAAUCAGGUGCUGCAGUAGCUGAAGGCCGAAGUUUUACUGUGAAAGUAUACAAGGAAAGCAUAGUAAGUCUGGCACUGGAUGUUAUUGUCAAUGGGGCAAAUGGACAGUUAUCACAUAUAGCAGGUGUUGCUCGAAGCAUUGCAAGGGCAGCUGGUCGGCAGCUGGAGUAUGAAGGGAACAGCAUUGUUCUACAGAGGGGAGACAUUCCAGUAACAGAUCUUGCUGUGACAAACUCAGGCAAGCUACCAUGUAAGUGGGUUUUCCAUGCAGUUGGUCCCAGGUGGAGGAACUACACCGACAAGGAGAGUUGCCUGGAGGAUUUGUGCUGCACCAUUCUCAGAUGUCUCUGUGAAGCUGUCAACAGAUCUUUUGAAACCAUUGCAUUUCCAUCAAUAAGUUCAUCAAUUUUUGCAGUUCCUAAGGAUGCAUGUGCCAAGAUGUAUGUCCGUGCCUUGAAGAGCUUCGACACAGUUGUUGAAAGAGGAUCUCUGAAGGAGGUCCACUUUGUUGACAUCAGUGAGACCAUGGUGACCAUCAUCCAGACGGGACUGCAGAACACCUGGAGCCAACCAGGCAAGACGGAGAAUCUGACCAAAGACAGAGCAUUUAUCAUGAAAUGCCUUGACUCCAACACAUCGGCAUCAGUUACAACCUUAGAAGUAACCCCAGGAGAACACAAGGAGAAAGAUAACAAUGCUGUUGCCCAUUGGCUGGGAAAAAGUGGAAGUGUCUCUCUGAGAGUUGUAAAAGAUGAUAUCUUGAAAAUUGAUGCAGAUGCUAUCCUGUCCUGGGAAGACCAUCGUUUCAGCACAACAAGCCCCCUGCAUAAGCUGAUGAAUGAUGCUGGAGGGGAAUCCUACAGGAAAGGUAGAGAUAAAGCUCACGGAAUGACCAAAUUAUGGGGUGACAUAGCUGAAGGGCCUGGAGGAUCUCUGCCACAGAAACAUGUGAUCUUUGCAAUCAUCUCUUCAUUUACAAACAAUGAAGACAUUUCAAAAUGUCUAAAAAAAGCACUUGACAGUUGUGUGAAAAACAAGUUGGCAAAUUUGAUAUUGACAAAACCACCUAGUAAAUCAGCUCAUAGGAAUGUGGACAUCACGUUUAUUGAAACAACAGUUGAUCAGCUGAUAAAACUGGAUCAAGAUGAGAAAAAGCCAACAUUGCAUGUCCAAAUUGUAGACAACCAGCAACAUGUGGUAGAUGGGCUGAUGCAGAGGUUGCAACAGUACCUUAUCUCAUGUGGUCUUGCGGCUACAGCAAUCACCAGUAAAGAGACGGAGGUGCAAGGAGGGGAAGACUGUGUCAUUUGCUUAUCUCCAAUGACUGAUCCAGUGAAGCUGAAAUGUGGACAUCAGUUCUGUAAACAGUGUGUUGACAAUGCUUUCAAAAUCAAGGCAGUUUGUCCAGUGUGCAAGAUGAAGUGUGGGGAGAUCACAGGAAACAUGCCGCCUGGAACAAUGAGAGACAGAGUUGAUUACUUUGAUCUUCCGGGAUAUAAAGGAUGUGGCACCAUCAUCAUCACAUAUGCUUUCAAUGAUGGCCACCAGACGGAAGAACAUCCAGAUCCAGGACAGUGGUAUAGGGGCUUUACCCGUACAGCUUACCUACCAAACAAUGCAGAAGGACAGAAGGUCCUGUCUCUGCUGAAGGUGGCUUGGAAAAGACGUCUAACAUUCACCAUCGGCAGGUCUGUUACCAUGGGCAGGGAUAGCUGCAUCACAUGGAAUGAAAUACACCACAAGACAAGUACAAGUGGUGGUCCAACAAAUCAUGGCUACCCAGACCCGGAUUACUUGAGAAGAGUCCAGGAGGAGCUGGCAGACCAGGGUGUCACAGAGGAGGAUCUGGGGGCAACUGGCACAUCUGUAUCAGGUUGAACAAAGCAGUGGGUUUGGAGUUGACUGACAACUCCCAUCACAGAAGAUCUGUCUACUUGUAUGUACAUGACAUUCAUACAUGGUAUAUCACACAGCCUUGUUGUGAAGCAUUUUGAUUCUAACAUGAGUGCAUCUCAAGUACAAGGGGUACAAUAGAAUAUUUAAAACUACCAUAUUCGACGUAAUAAGCG